AUGGCGGUGCACCGGUGCACUAGAAUGAUGCACCCGGGGGUGAAACUGGUUUCGCUGCUGGUAUUGUUGCUGUUGCAGCAAGUUGCCCAGGCACAGAUCAUCAACCGGACGCCACACUUUAUCCCGGGCAGCGGAGACAUGGCCCGGUUCAGUCUACUCGAAAACACACCGGUCGGCAGUGUGGUGUACCAGUUGCGUGGUGUUGACCCCGAGGGCAGUAAGUUACGCUUCAGUAUCUCCGGACCUGUAUUUAGUGUCGAUCGUGACAGUGGCGUUGUGCGGUUACGGCAAUCACUGGACCGGGAACAGCAGGACACGGUAGAAGUCAUCAUAAGCCUUACUGACGAAGGUAUCCUAGGAACCGAACCGAACACAGUCUCAUUAAGAAGGGAAAUCCCCAUCCGGGACUACAAUGACAAUCCACCGGUCUUCAUAGGCCGCCCGUACAGUGCAACGAUUAGCGAAUCCACGAAACCGGGCAGCAACGUCACAGUAACUCCGGACAUCAUUGCAACCGAUCAGGAUGAGGGAACGAACGCAGAACUUACCUUCAGCUGCUAUCAGGAUCCCACCAAGGGUGCGGACGAUAUCUGUGAAGUGUUCACCGUCCACACGGAGAAGAUCGCUCAAGGAAAGUUUGGUGCGUGGAUCGAGUUGCGUCGUGCUUUGGACUUUGAAACGAGACCCUCUUACAUUCUCACCAUCCAGGCACGGGAUGGUUCACCAACGAACUCACUGCGUGCAGUUGCUUCCGUUGCGAUCACUAUCCUCGAUGUGCAGGAUCAGCCACCGAUUUUCAUUAAUGCACCCUAUUCGGCCACCAUUCCCGAGAACACGAUCGAGGGUACGCGAGUACUUACUAUCAACGCGACCGAUGGUGAUACUGGCAGUCCCAAUCCACUGAUGCUUAUGCUCGAAAAUGAACCGAUGGGUCACUUCCGAUUGCACUACAUUGGUCAUCCACGGUCGGGAGUAGCCGAGCUGAUCACCACCGGAAAACCACUCGAUCGUGAAGAUCCCAUCAUUACACAGAAUGGAGGUGCGUACACAUUCACUAUCCGUGCAACGGAACUGAUCAACAACGAGCUGCCGGGUGAUUCAACCACCUCACAGAUCACGAUCGUGCUGACCGAUGUAGACGAUCACGUCCCCGAGUUUAGUCAGCCAUCGUACGAAGUUUCGAUCCCGGAGAACCUCGAGCAGGAUACACCACUACCGGGGCUAGCGAUCGUAGUGACGGAUCGGGAUCUUGGCCCAAACAGUCGCUAUACCCUCGCGCUACGUAAUAUUCAAAAUUCGGAAGGUGUUUUUGGUGUUGUCCCAACGCACGGCGAAGGUCGUACACCGAUCGUGGUGAAGGUGUUGGAUUCAUCCCGCCUGGACUAUGACGUGCCGAGUGAGGAUGCCAAAACGUUCCGCUUCCAGCUAGUGGCCUCGGUCGAUGGUGAGGAGAAAUCUGCUGCUAAUGUUACGGUGCGACUGCAGGAUGCCAAUGACAACUCACCCACCUUCCCUCAGUCAACGUAUUCGCUGCAGGUGCGUGAAAAUUCUCCGCAAGGUUUCAAGAUUGCGGACCUAAGCGCUACCGAUCAUGAUGCCGGUAUGUUUGGCCAGCUAUCGUACGCAGUGAAAGGUUUUGGAGCGGAGUUUUUCCGCACGCAUCCUACCGAAGGUGGACUGUACGUUGAACGGCAGUUAGAUUAUGAGGAGCAGAAGAGCUACAGCUUGGCGCUGGUUGCCAGGGAUGGUGGUGGACGGGAAACGAACGCAAAUGUCUUCAUCGAUGUGAUGGAUGAGAAUGACAACUAUCCAUCGUUUGAAGCACUGGAGUAUACUCGCACCAUACGUGAAGGUGCGACUGAGUUUGAGCCACAGUUCUUCGUGCGUGCCAUUGACGUGGAUGGACCAACGCAGGGUGGUGGACGGGUGUCGUACACGAUUGAAUCGGAAAAUAGUAUCUCGGGGCAUGUGUUUACGGUCGAUCAAGACAGUGGAGAGAUUAGGAUUACACGCCCCGUCAGCUCGAUGGAUACGGAUCGUGGUCAGUACGAGCUGCUAGUUGUUGCCACGGAUCACGGUGUACCACCGCUCAAGAAUGAUACACGUGUACUAGUGCGUGUUGGACUAUCUGGCAAUCAGCGUCCUAUCUUUAGAGGCCAUGCCUCUGCUACGAACCGGGACAUUCCCGGACCUCCUACCUAUCGAGCGACCAUACCGGAGAAUGCUUCAGCUGGGUACAAUGUGACGCAGGUCAGUGCCACCGAUCCGGAUGGAUUGGAUGAGCUUCUGCGGUACAAGAUUGUGGGUGCUAGUGAUAACUUCGAGAUUGAUGAUCACACUGGUCUUAUAACCGUCACGCGGGAAGCUCGCCUAGACCGUGACACCAACCCGGAAAGCUACGCGAUCGUCGUGAAUGCAAUCGAUGCAGGAUUUCCCAUCCCUGAGACGGCCACCACAACAGUGCACGUUAAGAUACAGGACAUUAACGAUAAACCACCCCGAUUCCCCCAACAAACCUACACCGCGUACGUGUCCGAGCGGAGCCCUAUCGAUUCGGAGGUUUUGCGCGUUACUGCCAAGGAUACGGAUUUGAAUGCCAAAAUUGAGUACACCCUUAUCGAACCGAUCACGGCCGUCACUAAAGGAGGUAUUCCACUGCUGACGACUUCCACCUACGACUACCGCCAAGCAUUCCGCAUCGAUCCGGAUGAUGGAACGAUUUUCGUGAACAAUACGCUCAACUACAACUACGCCGCAGUGAUAACGCUCACCGUGAAAGCCACCGAUACGAUGGCGGAAUUACACCCCGAACAGCAGUUCGAUCAAACCGAAGUGACGCUCUACAUACAAUCGUUCAAAGACACUAACCCUCUGUUCAAAAACAAAGGAUGGUCCACGGUGCGUCCCAAGAUUGAGGUAAAGGUGAAGGAAGAAGCGCCUGUCGGUAGUGUGGUGUUCCGGAUUGAGGCAGAUGAUCCCGUAUCCGACGUACCGAUCACAGACUUUGAACUCGUAAUGCCCGAUGUGGAUGGGUUCUUUGGGUUGAACGAACGUACCGGCGAAGUUAUGCUUCGGCAGCGCUUAGACUACGAAACAUACAACAAAACUACGAUCGACUUUGUCGUCAAAGCCAUCACUAGCAACCGAAAGCGUCACUCGCUGGCCUACGUUAAUGUAACCGUCGAGAAUGUUAACGAUAAUGCACCAGUUUUCGACCGUGACUCAUACCGCGUUACAGUCCUCGAAUCGGAUCGCCAUCCACAUGUCGUUUCCACGGUAAAGGCGACCGAUCAGGAUGCGGUGCGAACGGAGAAGGACACACUGCUCGGCUAUAAUGUCGUCACGUACAGUUUGUUCGGUUCACACUCCAAUCUUUUCACGAUCGAUAAUCGCACGGGUGAAAUAAGGAUUGCUCCGGCACAGGUGCUAGAUCGCGAGAAGCAAUCGGUACUGAAGUUGGUAGUGGUGGCGGAAGAUGCCCCUGGCCGUCCGCAGGAAGCAAAAAAGAGCAAAACUGAAGUUAUUGUAGACGUGCUGGAUGUGAACGAUAAUGCACCCAUUUUUGGACAGCGAUCGUACACGGCGGUAAUACCGGAGAACGUACUUGUGGACACGUUUGUGAUCGCGAUCACGGCACAUGAUCCGGAUGAGGGUCUUGGUGGGGAGGUACGAUAUGAUAUACUGAACGAGGGUGAAGCUAAUGGACUUCUUCAAAUAAACGCUAAAACGGGAGAAAUUAAAACGAAAGCAAUGCUCACGGGUAAGGGACGAUCUGAACCAUACGAAUUAGUGAUCCGGGCACAGGACAGUGGGAAUCAACUACCAAAGCAAAGUUCUCUCUACAAUGACGUGUCCUUCACGCUGUACAUUGGGGACAUCAGUGCGAAUGAUGGCAUUCCGUUCUUCAUUGCACCGCAGGUCGGACAAACGGCUAACGUUACCGAGAACGCAACGGUUGGCGCACCAGUCUUCCAGGUGAUUGCCAGCGAUCCGGACAGUCCGGCCACACCAAGCGGCACCUUGCGCUAUCGCAUCCAAUCCGACAUCGAGGAUGCGAAAUCGUUCAGCAUCAACGCGAAAACGGGACUUAUCACCACAACCCGUUCAUUGGAUCGUGAAAUGAAAUCAGCAUACAACGUGAUCAUCGAGGUAAGCGACAUGGGUGAACCUCCACAAGCAUCCACCGUCGUACUGCGCAUUAACGUUCUCGACAUCGACGAUCACGAGCCCCGAUUUGUGCGUGAAGUUGAGUCGCAACCGUACGAGCUGCAGGUGCUCGAGGAACAACCGGCCGGUACGAUCGUCGGGAACAUUUCCGCGCUGGAUGAAGAUAUUGGUCCGAACGGUGCGAUCGACUACACGAUCAUCGAGGGUAACGAGCUGGGUCUGUUCAAUGUCACACGCACGGAAGAUAAUGUAGCGAUCCUACGCACUACCAAACCUCUCGAUCGCGAAACCCUCGAAUCGAUCCGUCUAACGAUCCGCUGCUUCAAACACAACACCGUGCCUGAUCAACUAAUGCACGAGAGUUACAAUCGGCACGAUAAAUCCCAGCAGCAACUGUUAAUCCGCGUGGUAGACAUCGAUGAUCAUGCACCAAAGUUUGAGCGCGAAAAUCAAACCAUCGGCAUCCGGCAUAACGUCCCGAUCGAUACACCGAUCGCGAAUGGACGUGCGUUCGAUGAAGAUCCCACCGCACGGCCGAUUGUUUACUCGAUCCAAAGCAUCACCUUUGUGCCACAGUUCUAUAGGCGGGACAAUCAAACCGAAGACUACAGCGCUGUGUUUAGCCUGAAUGCAGACACUGCCGAGAUACGGACAACACGCAGUAUGUCCAACUUUGUCGAUGGUUACUUCCAGCUCAGCAUCCGUGCGUCCAACUCUGACGACGCGGAUCGUAUCAGUGAAACGCAGAUGAAGAUCUUCGUGAUACGCGACAAGUCACUGUUACGCUUUGUGUUCUCCCGGCCACCGACCGAGGUUAGUGGCGUGCUGGAUCGCUUCACGGCCGACAUGCAGGAACGGUUGGCCGAAUCCAACCUCGAACUAUCGGUGUUCGAUGCACAGGUACUUAGCCAUCCGGACCACAGUCUCGACUUUAGUUCGACGAGUUCCUGCUUCCAGCUAACGCGCCACGGAUCCGCGCUAACUCCGGUGGAGAUGAUGCGCAUCAUGGAUGGGGCAGAGAUGAAAGAAACGCUGGCGGACGUUUAUCAUCGGUAUUCGGUGCACAAGAUCGAUUCUUGUGCGGUAGGUAAGAAAGCACCCGCCACUGCACUGAUUGCUUCGUCCGGUACCUGGCUGGUGAUACUGGCGGGAUUGAUAGGGUUUGCCGCGUUUGCCUCCACCAUGACGGCGUGUUGUCUCGCAAAAAGGUACAAAAGUCAAGUUCGAUCAACGAUUAACUCGCAACGCAUCGUUGGAUCCGAUAUCUAUGGCAGUGCGACACCGGUGCUGUACACGGAACCCAUCUAUGGUGCACUGUAG